AUGGACUUUUGGCAACAGGCCUUUGGCUGUGUGUUCCCAAAUCCAAGCCUGGGCAAAGUGGAAGGAGAGAUUUGCACAGGGGAAGAGGACCUGGAGAGCCUUCCUGCAACUUUCUUUGAAAUGCAAAUGACCGGUCAUAGCUACAAUGUCUACAAUGCUGCUUAUGCAGUGGCCCAUGCUUUAAAUGACAUGUUUUCAGCUACAGGACUCAAAUAUAAAGGAAAAAGAACUGCUAAAAAACUGAAAGGACUUAAGGAUCAGUACUUAUGGCAGCUCCAUCAGUUUCUGGGAGCCAUGUCCUUUAAUAACAGUGCUGGGGAAACCAUUACUUUUAACCAGGAUGGAGAGUUGGUAUCUGGGUUUGAUGUGAUGAAUUGGUUUGUUUCCUCCAACCAGUCCAUUCACCGUGUGAAGGUUGGGAGGGUGGACCCCCAGGCCUCUCCAGGCAAAGUGUUUACCAUCAAGGAGGACACUAUAACAUGGCACAGCUGGUUUAACCAGGCACAACCUGUCUCUCUGUGCAGUGAGAGUUGUGUUCCAGGUUCCAGGAAGAAAAUGAGGGAGGGGCAGCCAUUUUGUUGCUAUGAUUGCAUCCCAUGUCCUCCAGGGAAGAUUUCAAGCAAGAAGGAUAUGAAUGACUGUUACAAAUGCCCUGAUGAAAACUAUCCAAGUAACAAUCAGGAUCUGUGCAUUCCAAAAACAGUAACAUUCCUGUCUUCUGAGGAACCUUUGGGACUCUGUUUAGGGUUGUCUGCUGUUUCCUUUGCUCUGAUUACAACCUCCAUGCUUGGAAUCUUUCUGAAGCACCACAACACUCCCAUUGUCAUCGCCAACAACCGGGACCUCAGCUACGCUCUUCUCAUCUCUCUCCUGCUCUGUUUUCUAUCUGCUUUGCUUUUUAUUGGCCGUCCUGGGAAGGUCUUGUGUCUCCUUUGCCAAACCGCUUUUAGUAUAAUCUUCUCAGUGGCUGUUUCUUGUGUACUGGCAAAAACCAUCAUAGUCGUUUUGGCUUUCUUGGCCACCAAGCCAGGAUCCAUGCUGAGAAAAUGGGUGGGGAAAAGACUUGCCAAUUCCAUUGUUCUUUCCUGUUCUCUUAUUCAAUCAGGCAUAUGCAUUAUAUGGCUGUCAACCUCUCCCCCCUUCCCAGAUGUUGACAUGCACUCAAUGGAGGAUCAAAUUGUUCUGGAAUGUAAUCAAGGUUCUGUGACAAUGUUUUAUUGUGUGCUGAGCUAUCUGGGCUUUUUGGCCAUGGUAAGUUUCACCGUGGCCUUUUUUGCCAGGAAGUUACCAGAUGCUUUCAAUGAAGCCAGGUUUAUCACAUUCAGUAUGUUGGUUUUCUGCAAUGUUUGGUUAUCUUUUGUUCCAACCUACUUGAGCACCAAAGGAAAAUAUAUGGUGGCUGUGGAGAUCUUCUCCAUCUUAGCUUCCAGUGCUGGACUUCUAGGGUGCAUUUUCCUCCCCAAGUGUUUCAUUAUUUUGUUGAGGCCUCAGUUGAACAAUAGGAAACAGCUAAUAAAACAAAGGAAAUGA